AGGAAUGCUUGCAAGUGGAGAAGGGGAAUAACUUCUAUGACUUUCAGUUCAAUACGAGGGUGGUUAAAUCAACAAUUGUUCAUUUUCAGGUCCCGUCCGUCCCUCCCAUAAGAAGUAAUUAAUUACGAUWAAAAGCUCGAAUCGAACUCUAAAAUAAAAAGAAGCGGAUUAACGACGUACACAAUUUAGGCUGAAAAACGCCAUAUGCAAUCAUGUUAUUCAUCAUCCUACGCGUUAAUUUCCCCCCAAUUUUUUUAGAAAUCUUCAUUUCCAUUGAAUUCAUAUUUCAUCAACUUAACAUUAGGCUCAUACAUCAUCUUUGUGCUGUAGGUGCAUGUUUCAUCACGAUUUAUAAUAAAUGAUUGGUUCUAGUUAGUUGAUCAUCGUAGACCUCCUUUUCUGAGUUAUGCAAGUAUAUUUGCUGGAACGGCAGUGGAUUUGUUAAAAACUCUGCACGUGAUCAGGAUGCGUUCUUUUAUAGGCUCUUCAUCAUAAUUAUCCAACCAUCAUUAGCAUUGUAGUUUUGCAGGUUUUGAAUAUGUUAUUGUCCUUUAUGGAUGUGUUUAUAAAUCAUUCUAGCUCUAUGUCCUGAUCAUACAUUUCAAGGUAUGAAGUCCAGAAUUCUUACUAUAUUGGUUCUCUAUUUUACAACAUUUUCAUUUGAUAUGAAUUUAAUUACCAGAAACUAACUUACUUUGAAAAGUCUUCCAGCUUAAAACUUAUGGUCCAGUGAGGCCAUGAUUCAGUAUUUGGUUCAGGCAUGCAAUCGUUGAUCUAAUUUUUAUAAUCUGGUUGCUAUGACUAUGAACAAUGGGUGCUUCUCUUACAAUUACGUAACUUCAAUUUGAUCAAUACACGUGGAACCAAAUGCUCUUUGAAAUUUUCAAAUCCCCUCUUGAUAUAAUUUUGAUUGAUGCUUGCUGCUCUAUAGUUUUGCAUGCCAACUUUUGGACAAUCUAUAAUAAUUUUAUAAAAGCGUUUAUCAAGAAUGCAAUCUUCAAUAUGCGUCAGACAUCAUUUAUGCGAUGAAAGAUGCUGUGGUGAUAAAUUUGGGAUGUCCGAUGUCCAUGCAUCAUUGCAAUGGUAUGACCUAGUACUUUUGGUCAUUGGAAUUAUAUCAUACUGCUGUUAAUUACUUCUUGAGGAUGUCAAUUGUCCACCUGGUCUGCUAUAAAAUUUAUUGUUACUUUUAAUUUCCUGGACGUUCGUUCUUGGUUUUGAAUUCCCUGUUACAUACAUCUGUGGCAAAUGAUAACAGGGGAAACCUGUCUGGAACCCCAUCUUUAUUUUAUUUCUUCGUGAUAUUUGUUGUAAAUACGGUUUUUCAUCAGGAGUGUUAAAUACAACUUUAUCACUUUAACCCAUCUGUGGCAUUUAGGAAUGCUAUUUCUGUUUAUUUCAGCAUUUAAUGCAGAGUGGAAGUUAUAUCUGAGCAGCUGCCAGGACGUUGUUAUAAUAUGCUAAGAAAUCUACUGUGGGCAACUUCUAAGCAUGAUGUAUACCUCAUGCAAAACUACUCAGUAAUGCACUGGUCCUCAUUGCUUCGGAAAGGCAAAGAAGUACUCAAUGUGGCUAAACAAAUUGUUCCCACGCUGAAACGCCCUGGAGUCUUAUCCCAGUCAUUGUCUAGAGUCCAGAUAAGCACGAUGACAGUUAAGGAGAACUUGAUCGUGGCUGGUGGUUUUCAGGGGGAACUAAUUUGCAAGUACUUGAAUCAUCCUGGAGUUGAAUUUUGCACUAAAAUGACAACAGAAGAAAAUGCAAUCACAAACGCUGUUGAUCUAUUUCAUAAUCCAGAUGGUGCAAUGAGGGUUGUCACUGCAAAUAAUGAUGCAAAAGUCAGGAUUUACGACGCCAAGACUUUCGCUUGCCUUAAUGGCUUCACAUUUGGCUGGUCCGUUAAUAACACCUCUGUUAGUCCAGAUGGGAGAAUGCUGGCAGUUCUUGGGGACAGUACGGAGUGCCUGCUUGCAGAUGCCAACUCUGGCAAAGUGAUUGAGAGCCUCAAAGGGCACUUAGAUUACUCUUUUGCCUCUGCCUGGCACCCCGAUGGACGCAUUUUGGCCACUGGGAACCAAGAUACCACCUGCAGACUGUGGGAUAUAAGGAACACGUCCAAGUCCCUAGCUGUGCUCAAGGGAAGAAUGGGAGCAAUCAGGUGUGUGAAAUUCAGCUCCGAUGGCAAAUUCCUGUCGAUCGCCGAGCCUGCAGACUUCGUCCAUAUCUUCGAAAGCCGUACAGGUUAUGGGCAAGCACAAGAAAUCGAUCUGUUCGGGGAAAUAGCUGGAAUAUCCUUUAGUCCCGACACUGAAGCUCUGUUUGUGGGAGUUGCUGAUCGAACCUAUGGUAGCUUAUUAGAGUUCAACAAACGACAUGAUCACAAGUACAUAGACUCCAUCUUCUAGACCAUCAACCACUCCCAUGAAGCAGAGAAGCAGAUGGAAUUGUAUAUAAGAAUAUGUAUGUAUAAUUUUCCUGUAAUGUUGGUGUUUGAAUUUCAAUCUAGCAACAGCAGAUUGAUCCGUAUGAGUUCUGAGUUAAAGGUUGGCAUAAGCAUUGUCAUUCUGCGGAAGAGUUGGAGCCGAUUCUAAGAUUGCGGGAGCGAUUGAUUUGGGGGUGGAGAAUGAUUGUGUUGUGGUGGUGUAAAAGAGUGAGUGAUUAUUUAGAUUUGGUGUAAAUUGUGGAAGCUCAUCAAUGUCCUGAAAAUGGCCAAAUGGAAGAGAUCUGCCUGAAGUUUUCGUUUUAGUUAUACUUUGGGCGGUAUUGGGAGCUCAUUUGUUUUGGUGUUCUCUAUAUUUUGGGAUGGAAUGGAAUGAAUAUUGGUCAGUCCAUUUUGAACCGAUUGAUUCAAUUCGUUUCUUUUUCUUAUAUAUUUAUUUAUACAAAUGCUGUAUACAUCAUUUCCAA